AUGGCAAAGGGUUACAGUAUCUUCGUCGGCCUCGCCAUCGUGGGCGCCCUCUGCGUCGCAGCUUGGUUCUUCUCGCCGAAGGGCGAAAACCAGACGACGUGGCGCUCCUCUCUUAUCCUCGCAUUCGUCAGCUGCUACCUUAUGUGGUUCAUCACCUUUAUGGCCCAACUACAUCCGCUUAUCGAGCCGAGACGGUCUAACAUUCGCGAGGGCUUCCAACACGAAUGA